AUGGAUUUCGAAUAUUUUUCUAGAUUGUCCCAAAACUUGUCACAAUUACUUGAUGAUGCAGACGAUUAUGAUGUCAUUAUCAAUGUUGGAGAAAAUCCAAAUAUUAAAGAAUUUCGUGUACAUUCAGCUAUCUUGAAGUCUCGAUCACCUUAUUUUAAAAAUGCCCUCUCGCAGAAUUGGACUAAAAAGAAAUAUAAUGUAUUUAAAUUUAACAAACCAAAUAUUUCUCCAAUCAUUUUUGAUAUGAUUAUUAGAUAUAUAUAUGCUGGCAAACUUGAUUUGAACGAAAAAGAUGGCUCUGAUAUCCUUGAUCUUAUCGUAGCAUCCGAUGAAUUACUUCUUGAUGAAUUGGUUACUUUUUUGCAAGAAUAUUUGAUUAAAAAUGAAUCCGAAUGGUUACAACAAAAUUUUCUUAAGUCGACCAAUUUAAGUAGUUGGAGUGAAAAUGAUAUUAUGGUUUUAAAAAGUACUUUGAAUCAAUUUAUAUCACAUAUUCGAUUCUUUGACAUUUCUUCAAAUAAUUUUCACGAUAAUGUUUGGCCUUUUAGGAAAGUUUUACCUGAAGCACUCUUCGAAGAAAUUAUGCCAUUCUAUAUGACAAAUACUAAACCUAUUCAAAAUAAAUUGGCUUCUCGAAAUUUAAAAUUUACUGUUGAUUCGUUAAUCAUUAAGCCAAAACAUUCACGUGUACUUGCUAACUGGGUUCUAAGAAAAGAUUCUAACGCAAAAAUUCCGGAGGAUAGUGAUGGAAACGAUUUUAAAAAUUUUAUGAUUAGUCGUGUUGUGAAUAGCUAUUAUGCAAUAUAUGAAUCGAGUUUUCGAAAUGAAGCUCUAAAUUUUGGAAAUGGUGAUUUGGUUAUUGAUAACAAAGAUGUCACAUGCAAACAAUCUCAUUAUGAAAAUAAUAUUGUGGAUACAAAGAACUAUACUAUUGAAGAAAUGGAGAUUUUUCAAUUUAUAAUGAAUACAACAGACACUAUUAAAGAAACAAAAGAAUGA